GACUUGUGAGUUACUUCCAUCAUGCUUGUGACUAAGGGAAGGUUGAGCGGACAGGUGCAAGUUUAUAACCCUUGUAAUUGAAAGAUAAGAAUAAUUUUUGAAAAACAGUGGGGGGAGGGGGAAAGAAGAAAGGAGUUCAAAGCAAGAGAGUAACAGCGAUGCGGUGAAUAUCAAUGACGACAGGCGAUGGCCGGGCGAGUGUCCAGCGAGGAACGCGAGACCAACUCGCCGAGAAAUGCCGAUAACCUACCGCGCCAAGUUACGUCAACAUCUACGACCAAGUCGAGUAACGAUAUGGCCAAAGACAGACUAGCGAUUGAAGAACGGCUGGCCGCUAAAAUGUUUUCUUACGAAAUUAUCUGUUUCCUUUUUGUCAUCACUUUUACCGCUAUGGCUGCUCUGCAUAACUCACCACCCAAACUCUCCAGACCUCCCACAGCAAAACCUUUUUUCGAUCAAAACUCUGUGAUAUUGGACUUCUAUAAGGGUCAUCUGGAUGCAAUGAUCGAAAGGAUAACGCAAGCAGAUUUCAGCUUUGUUAUGUAUUAUGCACCGUGGGAUGCGGAAAGUCAGGCGCUUCGACACGAAUUUGAAAUUGUCGCUCAAUUUUAUCAUCCACAGGUAUUCUUCGCAGCCAUUAAUUGUUGGCAUCCCGAGUCAGAGUGUAGAGCACAGUAUAAUAAAAUCCAUGGCUAUCCAGUGUUAAUGCUGUAUCCAUCCAGAGAUUCUGGUAUUAAUUACAGAGGAAUUCGUACAGCACCUUAUAUGAUUCGUUUUCUUGAUGCACUUAUGAAUCCUAUUGUUAGAAUAACACAUAAAGAACAACUAAUGGAAUUGUUGGUUGCUUAUGACGCAGUAGUCGUUGGAUAUUUUAAUUUUACACGAUUAGAUAGAACUCCUGGAUACAGAGAGUUUUAUAAAGCCGCAAUACGGUCAUUAGAAAGAGAUCCAAAUAGAGAAUUGGUGUUUGCUAUAGUGACUAGCGCAUUAUCCAGCAAAUUGCAUUACGGAGUCUACAAGUUUCCAUCAGCAAGCUUGCUCAUGUGGAAUGAAUCUUUAAGUUAUCCAGAAGGCAAUGAGUGGACCUCCGAGAACAUCUUGAAUUGGAUCAGCAGUUCCGUUCAUCAACCGUCUCUUUGGUUACAACCUCCUGGAAUUAAGGCGCUCACUCUCGCCCCCUAUCUCCGCGAAGGACCAGUUUUAUUUCUCUUUACGCCACGAAAUCCCCUUCAUACAGAAAAUUAUAUUUAUAAUCUGAUAAGGGAGAUUGGAUUGCAAUAUUACAACUGCGCAGAUAGUAUGGUAGUGAAGGAUAUAGUCGCACGUUUAGAAGCAAAACGACGUACAGCGGUGAUUCGACACCUUUCUAAGAAUCAAGAGUGCGCUGAUUUAAAUAAAAAUAAGACCUAUACUCGGCAAAUAACGGAAUCAGUUGCUAGCAUAUCGAUUCAGCAAUGGCUCAACAAUAGUUGCUGUGCGAACGUUGCAAUGAAUAAAUGUUUAUACAAGACGAAGAUGAUGAAUCCGUUAGAUAAGAAAAUUUGUACAGACAUUUCUAAAAAAAUUGAUGUCUGCAAAGAUACAGAUGUAUUCACAAUUCCUAUCAUCAGAGAAUAUGAGAAACAGAUAUAUAAUUAUAACAAGAAUUAUAUGUCAAUAAAAUUAAAGAAAGAGCCAAAUUUAAAAGGGCUGCAUGCAGGUGUAGAAUAUAAAUCAUCAUUAUUGAAGGAAGAAAAUGAUUCACGAUCCGCAAGCACGGUGAGGAGAGAUAUUUUAAAGGAAGAAUGCAAAAAAUGGUUGGCUGGGAAUGAUUAUCAUCCUUCAUUAUUUCCACGAGAUUCUCCAAGACAGUUUAAUAUCAGCUUAAAAGAAUCAGUCUGUAAAACCAACAAGACAUUAGCAUUGAUAGCCAUUGACAGUUUGCAUUAUUUCCAUUUUGCAGAACAUCUUGGGAUUGAUAUAUCGAAACGGAAAAAUAAAACCACUGUUAUCAUCUUGGAUGCUGCAUUGGAGAGUCAAUAUGUCAUGCAUCAUGAAUUCAGCGAGUACACUCUCGUCAAUUUCAUAAAUAAUUAUACGCAAGGUUUGUUGCAACGAACAUUGCGUUCAGAUAAUUCGAAAGGUUACAGAAUAAACAAAUUGCUUGAUGAAGGCAAUGGCAGUAAUACAGAUUCACGAUCGAAGAUUCGUGUGCCAGAACUAACAACAAAAACAUUUUUGGACACUGUUUUGGAUCCAUCUAAGGAUGUUGUUAUAAUGUAUCAUUCCCCUUACUGUGGAUUUUGUAGCGCUAUAUCGUAUGUAUACUUAACAGUGGCAUAUUAUUUAUCCAACAUGAAUCACCUAACUUUUGCAAGAGUUGAUGGAGAUAACAAUGAUUUACCUUGGGAAUACAGCAUGAAUCGUUUUCCAUCCAUCUUAUUCUUUCCUGCAAAAAGAAAAGAGGACAGUACUGUGUUUCCAUUUUCCGUUCCUAUUACCAUUCCAAAUUUACUGAACUUUGUACUGGCGAACUUGGAUGGUGAUUCCCAUGUCGAAGCUCUAACCAAUAUCUGUCAGGUGGGAACUGGUGAAGCGCCGGAUAAGUGUAUCACUAGAAUUCGAAGGCUGUGCUUAGAUAUUAUUGAGCAACUUUUGCAAGAUUAUAGAAAGUUAAGGCGGCACUUAGCUUUUCUCGAUAAAAAAAUUGCGCGUAAUAAACGUAAAAUUAUUCUACUCAAAUUAGAGCAUAUCAAAGACAUUCAUUUUAUUUUAGGCUCUAUUGAUGAUCUUAGCAAAGAUCGAAAGAAGGCGCAUCUAAUUAAACGAAAGUUUUUUAAGUACUAUAACGUUAUUAGAUUAUUAGAAACAGAGGAGAAAGUAGAAAAACGAAGUUAUGAAUCUCGGAGUGCUGUACAUGUAUCAACUAUUAAACGAGAGAGAAUAAGAAGCGAAUUGUGAUAUAGAUUCCGCCUUACGAGCCAAGAUACGUCCACGUGACGAAAGAUAGUAGUAUUUUGAAAUACUUUCGGCUAAUGGAUUUAUAUCAAAUUAUAAGAAAAAUAGAUUUUUGCUCGACUAUCACUUUUUUUAAUAUAUAAAAAAAGCAAAAAGCGAAUCAAUAUAACAGUUAGUAAAGUUCAGAAUUAAUAAUCUCCGAUCUAUCUUAACUUUGCGCGAUAACCAUAAGUAAGAGUAUGUAUGAAAUUGAUACAAGAUCGUAUGUAAACAUAUGUACUUGGUUCACUGCAAGAACGUACCCAGCGCUAACGAAAAUUCGUAUAUCCCGCGUAUAUUCCCUUACAGAAGGAGAUCACCUCCCGCUCAGGUUCUUGUACUCGUUUCUUUACUGCAGGUAAUAAGAGCAUCGACUUGGAUGUUAAUUUUUGAGAUGCUACGUAUUACAGAAUAACAAAAUAAAUUAAAUUUGUAAAAGGCAUUGAAUGAAUCGACUAUUCUUAUUUGUGUUUAUUUGAUGAACUUUUGACAAAAACUAAUACAGCAUUUUUAAUGUAUUUUUUAAUGUAUUAUAAUUUUUCUUUGUAUAUCAAUUCGAUAUAUUACUUUUUAUUAUAACAAUUUUUAGUUUUUUUUUGUUAUUAUUUUAUAAUAACUCUUAUGAUAAGGUUUUGUAAAAUAAGAAUUAUUUCUUGUCAUGUUACGUUUUUUAGUAUUUAGUAAUUUGUUUAUAAAAUUUUAUUUUUUACUUUAUUGUUUUGUAUAGGGGAGACUAGGGCUAUUCGGAAGACUUUUUUUCUUUUGCGCAUCUCCUGAGUCUUAUAUUCAUUAUAUAUAUACUAUAUAUAUUAAAAAAAAAAAAGUUGUUUGAAAGGUUGAACCUUCCCCUUCACAAUGCCGUUAUAGAUAGAAUACGGAAAUGUACUUGCUUGGAAGUACUUAUAAAAAUGUCGACCAAUGCUAAAUAUUUCGAAUAGCCCCGAGCCCGGGGUAAUUCGAAGCUAGUUCGGGAAUAUUCUGAAAUUUGUUUUAAAAUUAAAAAAUGUAAAAAAAGUUAUUGUUAAGACUUUGUUUUAUUCAGAAAAGGAUAUAUAGUAUUAUGAAGAAAUACCACAUACAAUAAAAAAAUGCAAACGUACAAUAGAGAAUUUUAUUGCUUUACCGUUUUCGGAACAAGUCGAGGACUAUUCGUAUUUCGUGUGAUUACAUCUGUUGAGUAUUAAAUUGUAUAUUUUGAUACAUAAAACGCGAAUAUGAAAGAAAAAAAUCGUCUGAAUGACGGUUCGACGUUUGGUGUUUUGAAUAGCGAUGUUAACUGUGCGCAUUAUUGCGUAUGAUCGACAAAAGCAAACAUCACACAGCAAAAAGUAAACACGAAAUGUUUCAAAUACAUUCAACUGAACACACGAUACAUUUAAAGUUUUUAAAAUCUUAUUUAUCUUACUUAAAUUUUGAAGAAAUGUUAACUAUCAGAAAUUACUUCGACUGUCGCAAAACACAUUUUUCACUACUACGACUUCAAUAUGACGCCGUUGCCAACGAAACUCUGUUAGCAGCAUCGUUACAUUAGGACGCGUUUACAGUAUUUCAAAUAAAUUUUUAAUAUGUACCCAUAAAAAGAUAUUUCCAUUUUUUGAAUUGCCCUGGUCUCCCCUAUUGUUAUUAUUGUAAUAUUUAAUUAUAAAAACGAUCUUUAAUAAAAAUAUGUUUGUAUUAUGUAUUUAACUAUUUCGUAAAUCAUAGACAAUUAUGUAAUUUUAAAUACAUAUUACGAUUUUGAUUUAAUCCCACUGAAAUGUAGAGAUUAUUUCAUGUGUUUAAUUUUUUAACAAUAAUUACGGGCCUCGAGCGUGCCAUAUUUACAUAUACGGUACUGAGUAACACGCAAACUUCGGUAUGUUCUUGCUGUGAACAGAGUAUAGAACGUUAACACAAUAUAAAGGCAGAGUAUCUAUUUAAAAUUCCAGAACAUUUGCUUCUUCAAACGUAGAUUUGUAAGAAUCUUGAAUGUGAAAACUUCUGAGCAUUAUUCUCGAGUAAGGGAGAGUGGUUUCUUAUAUUUAAGAAAAACUUAGAGAAAAAAUUAGAGAUUACCUAAGGGCUAAAUUUUCAUAAAAAUUCAAUUCUAUAUUUGUCACUAUUUGUCCAUAAUAUGGGGCAAAUAGUGACAUUUUAGGGGGCAAGUGAUAACAAUUGAUGUUUUAAAUAAAACGGUCUUUUAUAUUGUACGUAUAUGUUAGUAAUGGCUGUAGAAAAAAAAAUAAAUCACGAAUAAUAAAAACGAAAUAUCGUAAAUGCAAGACAGAUUCGUAAUUUAUAAGAAAACAAUAUAACAAUUUAAUCAAAAUUUAAUUGUUUACUAAUUAGAAUUUUGAGUAAUGAAUUUAAUUGUCCACUCUUUCUAUGAACAAAACAACUCUAACUUCUCUAUGAACAAUUCUACAUUUGUUACUAUUUGCUCUAAAAGCUAUUUUUUUCUUUAAAAUUUUACCGAGAGAAACCAAUUUGAUAUCCAAGUAUACGAAUUAUAUCAAAAUACAUGAAAGAAGAUACUGUACGAUACAGAAUAGGUUAAAUAUCGUUCAAAGAUUCAUCAAUCAACAAAAUGUACUUUAAAGUAUCAAAACAAAAUCCUGGUUUAACCUUGCUUUCACGAAAACAAAAUUUUAAGCUUAUGCUUUAGUCAAAUUUGGCUUUAUAGUUUCACCGUUAAAAAAAAAAAAAUAGAUACUUGAGAACUAUCUUUGUAUUGAUGGUGGGUGAUAGAAUAGAUACGGGAAAGAGAAGAAAUUUAAAUUGUCACUAUUUGCCCCCCUCUCUCCCUUACAAAAUUCUUAAUUUAAUUUACAAAAGAGCUUUUAAAUAUAUCUUUGAUCUAUUGUUUGUUUUUAGUUGCGUUAAUUCAUUAAGAAUUGUUACUUAAUCUAUACUUGGAUGUGUAAAUUAAUUUGUUGUCUUUACAUUCGGUGUCUUUUAACUCCUUCUUAAAAUUAAAUAUUUUCUCAAUUUUUUAUAAUUUUCAAGUGCGGAUUUCUAUAUUUGCAAAAUACUAUAAACUUUGGCGAAGCAAAUGAUAACUUUACAAAACAGCAAUGAAUAUUUGCCGUUUUAAAAACAUUUCAAGCAUUAUAUUUUUUUUCGCAUUUUAUUAAAAAUUAAUGCUGCUGAACCCACAAAUAAUUUAUUUUGCUUUUUUUCACGAUGAUACUAGUGAAUCAUAAAACGAUUCAUAAAAUGUGUAAAACAUGGUAUUAGAAAUUUUAUUUUAUAGCGCAACAUUUGGUCAUAUGCCAUAAAGAAGUCAUCUAUACUUUUGGCCUGAAAAAUUCAUGUAAAUUUUUCCCUACACUUAUUGUUAGCCUUGGCAGAUUAUUAUUAUCUGUUCUGAUCACUCCAACAUCUAAUUGAUAUACAUUUUAAAACAGUAGAAGAAGAGGUUUGAAAAUGUUGUUAGAAUUCUUACAAUUAGUAAAAAUUAAAGAAGGAAGAUGUGCUCAAUUGACAUUCAGAAUUGAAGAAAUUUGAAAGAUAUAAGCCCAUAUUUUUUGAAACGCGCUUUUUAGUCAUUCUAUUUUCGUUAAAUGUAAACCAAGGAUAAAAUGACGGAAAAUACAUUCUAAAUACGAGCCAAAAUAUAUAUCUGAACAAUUAUAAUUAUUUUUGUCAGCCAAAAACAACACAUUCCAAUAUAUACAAAAAGUCAAGAAAAAAUGAUAUAUACUCAUUUGCAAAUUUUAUAGUGUCGGUUUUGUUGGUGCAAUAUGUGUAAAUUUAUGUAAAUAUUAUAUAGUAAAUCUGUAUGUAUAUAU